AUGAACACUCCCGUCUACGACAGCCCAAGCUGCCCGCCCAGCGGGUACUCAGACCUGUCCAGCGCUGUCUCCGACGUCAACGCGACUGCACCAGCCGAUGGAGUCGACCCCAGCUACUUCCCCCGUUCGCAUCGGUCUUCCAUCUCAUCGGGGUCUACCGAUCUGGCCGAGGUUGCGCGCCCGGCACAGCCUAGCAGGGUCACCACCUCCUCGAGCCAGGCGCCGCAGGCCCCUGUCGACCCCCUCUCCAGAGAAUACCCCAAGCCCGCUGCUGAGAUCGACGUCGCCGAGGCACUCACACGCGAGCCAAGGAAGUGGACGCUGGCACACUGGGCAAAGAACGCCAAGGACACGCAGCCGGCUACCCUCAGCAAGGAGAUCCAAGCCAGGAAGUUUGAGGAAGCCAAGAAGGAGCUCCUGAAGGCAAGAGCCGAGAUGGCAGCGCUCAGCUUUGGGAAGAAGUAG